CGACCCUGGCCACCGCGGGCGGGGCCCUCGCACCGUCGCAGCCCGGCGCGGACUCUAAGCCCCGCCCCCGCCUGCCAGCGCCGCUCGGUCGGGCAGCCGCAGUGCCUGGGGCGCAGCGCGCGCCGGCCUUCCUGCCGGCGCCGCCGCGUGAGCAGGCGGCCGAUUUCGCCCGCCCAGCGACGCCCGCGGCUUACGAAGGGGCCACCCCCAAAUCGCCGCACGGGCACGCGCGCGCGUGGGGUGCAGGCGUGCCCGACGGAGGCUUGGCGGCCUCGGUGUUCGGCGGCGAGGCCGCGGGCUGGCCGCGCGGGCCGCCGCCGCCCGCUUCCGCAGGCCCGCUGGGCAGCCCUGGCCAGCCGCAGGGGGCUCCGCCGCCCAGCCCCAAGCCGGACGGCGCUCCGCCGACGCCGUUCCCGGGGCAUGCCGGGCCCCGGGCGCCGGGUGUCCCUGGGCCGCGCUUAGGGCCGCCGCCCGCUGGCGGUCCCGCGACCGCCCCGCCCCACUGGCCGAUGGGUAUAGUCGGCGGGGAGGGAGGCGUCCUCCCUACGGUGCCGCGGGCCGAGGCCGUCCCGGGGCCGGUGGGGCUGCUGCCUGAUGCCGGGUUGGUGGGCCCCCCGCCGCCGGCGCCCCUGGGGCAGGCGGCCGCCCCCGCUGACCCAGGCACCCGCGGGCCGCCACCUGGGCAGCAGCCGACUGUGACGCGGGCGCCGUUCCCGCUCGCCGGGCUGCUGAGCGCGCCCGGCUUGCAGUGCGCCGACGCCGCGCGCGCGGCGGGACAAGCCCGCGGCGCGGCGGCGGGCCGCGGCCGGUCGGCGCCGGCCCGCGCGGCGACGAGGGGCACCGCUGCGCCGCGGGCGCCGUCGGGUCAUCCGCUCUGCGCCUGUGGCUUGGAUCUGGCAGCCUGCGGAGCCUGCGGCCGCGGCUGGGCGCAGGUCGCGCCCGGCGCGCCGCCGGCGCCCGCGGGCGGCCCCGGGCAAGUCGAGGAAGGGCCGCGCGCGACGGAGGUCGCGACGAGCGAGAGCGGGGCGGCAGCGGACACGGCGGCCUGGGAGCGCGAUACCCUCCAGUGGCUGACGGGAGGGUUGAGAGAAGCGGCGGACCUGAUCGAGGAGACGGGCCUCCCCCUGCCGCAGGCGGUGCAGUACGUGCAGCAAUUCGCGGCGGACGCCGCGGCGGCGGCCGCCCAGGCCAUCCGCGACCUCCACGGGCCAGGUGGCCCGCAGGUGCCCGUGCAGACGCUCGUGGAGGCGGACGGCACGCGCUGGGUGCGGCCGGUGGGGUGGGCGGCGGAGAAAGGCGGGGACGCUCACGUCCUGGUUCUCCGCCUGUUCGCCCCCCCCCGGGCGGGCCUGAACAAGACCACCACGGUCUCCGUGCGCUGGGUCCACUCCUCGAAGAUCGUGACCAUUCAGGGCAUCAAGAGUAACAUCGUCGACUUCGCCCCGAAGUGGGUGGAGGCUUUCGGCCAGGUCAAGGGCGCGAAGGUGGUAGGGCCCAACACGGGGGCGCCGACGCUGCUGCGCUACGCCCGGGCUGCGCCCUCAGGGAGGGGAUGA